AUCUAAGCUCCAAACAAACCUAACAGAGAAAGAAAAAAAAAAAGAUGAAGAAAUCGUGCAUUCUAUGGAUUGCGCUAAUUUUCGUAUCUUUAUGCCAUGCAUCCGAUGACUUUGUAUCGCCGUCACAUCCGCCGGUCUCAUCUCCAUCAAUGGCACCAUCAAACUCCGACUGUUCCACCGUUAUUUACAGCAUGAUGGAUUGUCUUUCAUUCUUGACCGUUGGAUCAACAGAUCUUAGUCCGACCAAAACAUGUUGUAAUGGGGUGGAAACUGUUCUAGAAUAUAACUCUAGUUGUCUUUGCAUUGGUUUAGAGAGCAGUCGUGAAAUGGGAUUUGAAUUAAUUAAUAGCAGAACUCUUGCUAUGCCUUCUAUUUGCAACAUCCCCAUUGAUCCUCAUUGUGAUAUUGCAUCAAAUCCUGUUACGUCAACACCAACUACAUCUAUAGUUUAUCCUUCGUCAAAGCAACCUACAGCUUCACCAUCUGCCACUUCAUCGCCGCCAACGAUUAUCGUUUCGUCACCGACCGUUGCACCUUCAGUACCGACAUUUAGUCAUCCAUCACCGGCUAACACCGCUUCAACACCGAUUACAACUCACUCGUCUUUAGCUAUUACUGCUCCGUCACCAGCAAUGACUGCUCUGUCACCAUCACCAUCUACAUCUAGUACCAUAAACAUGUUGGUAUCCAAACAAUUUUUAGCCGGCGUGAUAAUAUCUUCUUUUGCGCACAUCUUAGCUUAGCUUCCUUUUAAUACGAAAUCUUAGCUUAGCUUCUUUUUCUGGAGAAAUAAUUUAUUUUAUCGUUGUAUCGAUUUGAGCUUUGAAGACCGAAUAACGAUUUAGAUUGUUGUUUUUAUUUGCUUCAUCUAAUUCCUUGUUCUACAAGAAA